AUGGCCCUCCACAAAACAUGUGGACCCGAGAAUGGUAUGGAGUACUUGGGUAUCAUCUUAGACUCCCAUUAUAUGGAAGCCAGACUACCCGAAGACAAACUAAAACGCGAUACCGAGAUGCUACAAUCAUUCCAAAGCCGACAGUCGUGCACCAAAAGAGAACUAUUACAGCUUCUGGGGCAUCUCAAUUUCGCGAACAAAGUAAUCAUCCCAGGCAAGAGUUUUAUUUCUCACAUUAUCAAGCUGUCAACUACCAUCAAACUAUUACACUACCAUGUCAAGCUAACUCAGGAAUGUAGGGAAGACAUACGAAUGUGGUUGUCUUUUUUGGCUCAGUGGAACGGGGCAGCCAUAUUCUACGACCGCCAAAUCACAUCAACUGAUGACCUACAACUAUUUACUGAUGCGUCCGGCACACUAGGUUACGGUGGAUACAUGCAAGGUGAAUGGUUUUCAGAAGCAUGGCCAUCAUCCAUGCAGGAACACGCGAACAGCGAGGAAGAAUUAUCAAUAGCGUUUAAGGAACUGUACCCUAUUGUAGUGUCUGCCAUGAUAUGGGGUCAUUUGUGGAAGGGUUUGAGGAUCAUGUUUAUGUGUGACAAUACAGCUACUGUGUCUAUUCUACAUAAAGGACGCUAG